CCCGUAGGUGAUUGUUUUUAUGUAUGGCAGACAAUUUCGGUGCGCUAACCCUUUAGUGACCACUGGGUUAGAGCAAUUACCGUUAAUUGUCUUACUUAAGGACACAUAUGUCCACAAUGGUAGCAUCAUCAAGUAUUGAACACAUAUUGUGCACCAAGCCAGCGUUGGAAUAUUAAGUUGUACAUUUUAAAACAGUUAAGAUAGAACAUAUAUUUAUUAUGACGUAACCACAUUACCUGCUUUUCACCUGUGUCGUAACAAUGUAUAUUUCUGUUUUCCAGUAAAUUCUGGACGAGCGCGAGUCAUGCUUCCUUUCGAAUGUCGCGGAUACAACCAUUAUGACGUCACAAUGCAGUGAAUUGCAUGUUUGUUGAAACCGCAGCGAGAAUUCUGGAAAAUCAUGGAACAAAAAUUCUGCUUUAAACAAUGCAUUCGAUUGUCUGUUAUUCUAGUAUGUGUUGUGUGCAUUGUUGCAGCAUUCGUCACAAUGGGAGGCUGGGCGCUUCUCGUUGUUUUGGUUUCGUGGAUGCUUUGUCUAAAUGGGGCAGCUGAAGUAGUGACAGUCACCGCCGGUAUCGACGUCUUCGAUUUCCACUAUGAGCUUAAAACAUGGGCGGAAGCGGAUGAAACUUGUAACAAGGAUAAAAAACACCUGGUAGACGUAAAAGAUGCGGCGGUAAAUGACCUGAUCAAACAGCGAUUCGAAACUCAAUCUUUUACCGAAGAAACUCUCGAUCACUACUUUGUCGGUUUCUGGACGGGCGGUCGCGCACCUAGCAAUAGGAAAUACAGCAAUGGGUCUUCGUUUCUUUGGAGUGAUGGGCAAGUCGUCUCCGCUGGGGGUGGCUUUAGUCAAUGGGCAGUAAAUGAACCGAACGUGACCAUUACAAACGAACUCGGCCUUGUAGCGACACCUUGCGGGAAUGGAGAUAUAAUUCAAUCCACCGGUAGUUGGUACAGUAGCACGUUGGACACGAAGUUUUUCUUCGUCUGCCAAAGUUAUUUCUGCCCUGCUACAACAAUUUCCCAUCCUGACCUGGGCGUUCCAGUUUCCUUUUCCAAGCAAGAUGUCGGCUAUACUUACCAAUCGAAUACCAAGUGUCCUAAAAAUUCACCAACCGCUCAUGAACCGUACGCUAUAAUGAGCUGCACUGGCAAAGGGAAGUGGAAAGAUGAAGUCUUCAAACACUCUUGUGAUUUCACACUUGAGGACUAUUCAACGGUGAAGUUUACAAGUUUGGAUCACAGAAGACAAGUCGCAAAUUCCCUUGAAGUCCAAACAUUCCAGGGGGAGGAUCUUACUAUGGAUGAAAUAACAUUGGUGGCUGAUGGGCUGGACAAUAUUCUUGAUACCGAAAUCAUCAAUCAACUGAUAGCCAAGUCUUGUGUUUCAACGAUUGGAAAUGUCCUAAAGGUUCCCCCCCAUCUGAUACAAGACACUGAAAAUGCUAGAAGAAUCCUGGCGUUAUUAGACAAGAUUGUUGAAAUUGUUCCAAUAAAUAAAGAAGAUUUCAAUAAAACAACGAACAUGAUUGGGGUGUACGUGUUAAAACCGAACUUACAGCAUUUUAUACAAGGAGUAUCAUACACCCGUACCGAGAGCAACCAAUCCACAUCAAGAGGUUUUGCGUUUACAGAUCUAAACAUUCAAACAGGAGAAGUUCAAUCUAAUAUUUCAUCUUUCAUUCAACUGAAACUACCUGAAGGAAAAAUUUACCCGAGCAGAAUACCAAGAAUUGCUUUCUAUAUUUUUCGUCGCAACCGAUUGUUUGAUAACAAAGCUCUCACUAGUGAUGUCAUAAUGGCAGCUUCUCUCCCCGGCACUGAGGGGUCAAAGGUCACCAAGGAGGUCUUCAUCAAGUUUAAGCAAAAACAGAAUUUCACCAACAAUGACCCGACAAUGGAAAACAAUUGUGGAUUCUGGGAUGUGGAGAGACAACGUUGGGUUAAAGAUGGAAAUAUUGUCGACGCAAAUAACUCCUACGUUGCCUGCAGCUUUAACCAUCUUACCAACUUUGCAACUUUGUUUAUUAGUGAUGAACAGAACAAACAACAUUCCAAUAUCUUAAAGUUGAUAUCCACCAUUGGUAGUUCUCUAUCUGCAGCUUGUUUGGCUUUCACUAUUGUCACUUUCGUAUUUGUCCCGAAAACUCGAACAGCUUCAAAAUUCCGUGGCUCGUUCCUUCUCGCCAACCUCUCGAUGGCGCUCUUGCUCCUCAAUGCUUUCUUCAUUGUUAGUGAUCAAUCCAUUGUGACAUCAUCAAAGAAUGCUUGUGUUAUAAUGGCCAUUGUGAUCUAUUAUUCUUUCCUUUGUUCAUUUCAAUGGAUGUCAAUAGAGGCCAUUGUUCUGUUGUUCAUUGUUUUCAAGUCGAUUUAUUAUAUGACGAAACUAUCAGACAGAAUGGUGAUUAUGACAUCACUAUUAUGGGGUUGGGGAGUUCCAUUAUUGGUUGUUGUAACGAUUGCUGGGGCCGAACUGGAUGUUUAUCGAAGGGUGGAUGGAAUAUGCUGGAUCAACCAAGGCCAGAUGUUGUAUUUUGUUGUCAUACCUGCUGGUGUGUUCGUGUGUUUGAACUUCAUGGUUUACUGUAUGUCAUGCCACAGGGUAUUCAAGUCUCAGAAACUACAGAAAAAGAACCUGAUGUUCUCCCUCACUACCUUUGUGACAUUUGGACUUGCUUGGGGAUUGUUGUUUGGUGUUUACUUCUCCACAUCUUACAACCCAAGGUUCAUCAUGCAGUGUAUGUUUGUGGUGUUCAACUCACUGCAAGGAGUAUUCCUGUUCAUGCUUUACAUACUUCGGCACAAAGAUGUUAGACACCUUAUAUCUGAACAGAUCAGGGCAAGUGUGUUGAGCACAACAUGAACAACCAUGGUGGAAUCUUGAACUUGAACUUACUUUGUAUACAAACUUUGAUGUCUGCCGCAUUUGUAUUGUAUUUAACUUACUGUUUUUUGGGUUUCUAUUCUAUAUGGGUGGGUCAUACAGUGAGGCAAGCCAUGGGAUCUGGGAUGUAGGUUCAUUGCCACAUUAUCUUAAAGCUUAGUAAUCAAGGGGAGCAUUGUUUCUAUAAGUGGUAACCAAACUGUUAUCUACUUGCGUAACAUGUUUUGUUUAAUGUAGUAUUGUUCAAUAUAGGUAAGGCCCUUGGGCAUGGCUUGCCAGAGGUGCUGGGUUUUAUGUCGUAGCUGGCCCAUUGGGUAACUGGGUUUAAUUAGGGUUAAUGCGUUUUUUUGAUGGAGAUUAUUAUUUAUUUUUUUUAACAUGUCUAUAUUUUAUUUUGCAUUGAAACAUACAACAAGUUUUAUUACUCUAUUCUAUGUGGGUAAGGUGCCCAAGGAUACACAUACCAGUAUGAAGCCUCAGACUUCUGGUUAUGAGGCAAGCCCCUAACCACCAAGCCACGAUGCUGGACAGUUCAAUAAUAUUAUAAAAACCAUUUAUUGAAAAAUCCAAAUUUCAAUGGAGUCCGAUUUCUUUUUUUGACAUUUAGCUAACAAAACUUAAAUAAUUUUUUGUGGGCUUCAUGAAUUAUGUUUGUUUAAUAUUGUUUAAUGGCGCAGGAAGCAGAACACAACCUUGAAUUUCCUAUAGUAUAGUUCUCAUGGACUUUGUGCAUGAUAUAAUCUUCAUAAACUGGGUUUUAUUGAAGUCGUUCGUUUAGAAAUAUCUUGCCUUACUUAUCAGCUCGACUUGUGUUAACUCUGUCCGUGAUUAGUAAUAAUGUGUUUAAAGUUGGUGACCCACGUCACCAUUCAUUGUAAAUGUAUAUUUAUGUCGCUCGUUGUUACGCCACCGUUCAUGCGUGGCAAACUAUAGAACGAUGUGAUUGUUACGUCAUUCGCCUGCCCCGUGCCUCCAUUUCGUGGGUUUGAAUUUGAAUAAAUGUAACUGC